CUCUUUUCUAAACCGCCACUUUAUCACACGCUAAGCAUAUGCUUCCUAAUAUUCUACUAAACCUUUUGCCAAUAAAAACCCCCCGUACACCCUUUUCUCACAAAUAUCAAACCAAACCACAUUUUUUCAAUACAAAAAAAUUAUCAUUUUUUCUUCCUUAGGUUUAGGUUUUUUUUUUUCCUUUUGUUUUUUAACAUUAUGAAAUUUGGUAAGAGACUCAAGCAACAGGUUCAAGAUACUUUGCCAGAAUGGAGAGACAAAUUUUUGUCAUAUAAGGAAUUGAAGAAACUAUUGAGACUUAUAUCAGCAGCACCAACAUCAUUGCUAAAUGGUUCAAUUGGGUAUGGAAAAUCUGAGGCUGAGUUUAUGUAUUUGUUGAAUAAUGAGAUUGAUAAGUUCAAUGGAUUCUUCAUGGAACAAGAGGAGGAUUUCAUUAUUCGACACAAGGAAGUGCAACAGAGAAUCAAGAGAGUAGUUGAUUUAUGGGGACCAAAUGGUAGUCAACCUUCAGAAGCAGAAUAUAAGGAGGAAAUGGAAAAAAUUAGAAAAGCUAUUGUUGAUUUUCAUGGUGAAAUGGUUCUCUUAGUAAACUAUAGCAACAUUAACUAUACAGGGUUGGCUAAAAUUUUGAAAAAGUAUGACAAGAGGACAGGAGGUCUACUUCGUUUACCAUUCAUUCAAAAAGUAUUGGAGCAACCCUUUUUCACAACCGAUUUAAUAUCGAAACUCGUGAAGGAAUGUGAAACCAUAAUCGAUGCAGUGUUUCCGGUUGAGGAAGAAGCUGAAAGAGCAAAAGAAGCAAAAGAAGCUAUAGUGGUAGCUGGUGAAGGAAUUUUUAGAAACACGGUUGCGGCUUUACUUACAAUGCAAGAAAUGAGAAAAGGUAGUUCAACACAAAGUGCAUUUUCUUUGCCUCCUCUCAGUUUGCCAGAUUCUGAUCUCAUCCAAUCAUUUCAGCUUAAUGCUGCUGUUCCAAUUGUUUAGAAUCCAAAUUGAUGAUGCUAUUGAUUUCUAGAGGAUUAUAGUCACAACCAUUUGAUCAUACAUUUGAUACAGUUAUGAUAGGAUGUAACACGUUUUCAAGGACGCGUUUUUUUUUUUUGUUUUUGUGUUCGAUAAGAAAACUUUAGUAGUUAUUUUAGUUUUACGAGUUUAAAUUCUGGACCUUCUCGAUGUUACUCCUUCGAUGUACCUCAACUCACCAAUCGAGCAUCUUGCUUGAGACGAACACAUGAUAGAUAGUUGAUGUUAAUUUA